AGUAGGGCUCAAGAGGCGGAUUCCUUAAUUAUAGAAUCUGCAAGAAAGACAAGCUUUUGUUGCUAUAACAUAGAGAAAGAGAAAUGUCAACUUUCGGAUCCAUUUUUCGUGUCACCACAUAUGGCGAAUCUCACUGUAAGUCAGUGGGAUGCAUUGUGGACGGUGUUCCACCAAACAUGUCCUUAACAGAGGAAGACAUUCAACCACAGCUGACCCGUCGUCGUCCUGGGCAGUCGAAGCUUACAACGCCACGUAAUGAGAAAGAUCAGGUUGAAAUCCAAAGUGGUACCGAGUUCGGGAAGACUUUAGGUACUCCGAUCGCCAUGGUUGUGAAAAACAAGGAUCAAAGACCUCAUGAUUACUCUGAAAUGGACAAAUACCCAAGACCUUCACAUGCAGAUUUCACUUACCAAACUAAAUAUGGUAUAAAGGCCUCGAGUGGUGGUGGACGUGCCUCUGCGAGAGAAACUAUCGGACGUGUUGCCGCCGGUGCUAUUGCUGAGAAAUUCUUGCAACAAAUCAACGAUGUUGAGAUUGUUGCGUUUGUCUCUUCUGUCGGCGACUGCUCUAUGGAUAGAUCAUGCCUGAAUCCUGACUUUAUGGAGUUGCUACAGAAUAUCACCAGAGAGCAAGUCGAUGCCGCAGGUCCCAUCAGAUGUCCUGAUCCUGAAAAGGCUGAGAAGAUGACCAAGAUUGUCGAGCACUAUAGAGAUCAACACGACUCCAUCGGUGGUGUCGUCACUUGUGUUGUUAGAAAUGUACCUAUCGGGUUAGGUGAACCUGCAUUUGACAAACUGGAGGCUCUUCUUGCUCAUGCGAUGUUGUCGAUCCCAGCAUCUAAAGGUUUCGAAAUAGGCUCUGGUUUCGAAGGUACGAAAAUACCUGGCUCAAAGCAUAAUGAUCCUUUUGUGCAAAAGGGUGAUAAACUGGGAACUUCUACAAACAACUCCGGUGGUAUCCAGGGUGGUAUUUCGAAUGGUGAAAACAUCUAUUUUUCUGUUCCCUUUAAAUCACCUGCAACCAUAUGUCAAGAACAACAAACAUCCACCUAUGAAGGUUCUGAUGGUGUGUUAUCCUCAAAGGGUAGACACGACCCUAAUGUGGUUCCAAGGGCUAUUCCAAUCAUUGAAGCUAUGACUGCAUUAGUGCUAGCGGAUGCAUACUUGAUUCAAAAAUCAAGAGAGUCCACUUUCGGCGUAGUCUAUUGAAUUUUUUCGACAGUAACGCAUCAUUGCAAAAGAAUACCAUUUCUUUUUAUUAAUAUACUCUUAUAUAAAUUAUUAGAAAGAUCACACAAACAUGUAUAUUUAAAUACUCGUACUACAGAAAC